AUGGCUCAGCCAUCUCAGUCAUCCGUCCCUGAAAGCGAUGCUGGUAGUUUUCCUGUCGAUAUUCACAAGCCAUUUACUCCGGCUGAACGAAUUCAACAGCUCGGCGAAAUUGACAAUGAUAUAGCAUCUCUCCUCCAACACUUGUCUGCUGCUCUCAAGGCUCUGGCCACCCCACCUGGAAAGAGAAUUUUCCAAGAGCAAGACUCGGAGUCCAACUCUCCCUCUGCCUCGGAUACCAGCAACCCGAAUGACACGCCCCCUUCUAGCUGUGGGAUUGACCCCGUUACUGCCUUCAAAACCGCGCAGAAUGACUUUUUUCGCACUAUUGAUCGGAUUGAUAAGCAUCUAACGCGGCAGAUCUAUGCAUUGGAAGAGGCAGGGAUCAUAACACUGAAGAGUGGCACUGGAAGCGGGGCUGGGACCGUUGGAGCCGGUGCUACUGAAGAGCAAGCACAGCAGCUGCCUCAGCCCCAGAUGAUCCCCGGACAGCCACAGGCUGCAGGAAUCACGGCUGAUGCAUCAGUUGCUCCCGUUCCCAAAGCAAGGCUGGAGCCUGACGGCAUGGGAAGGUAUGGAAAACUAGAUGUCGGCAGACUCAACAUGGCAAGUAGCAUUGUUGAGAGGGAAAUGGAAGGAGAGUUGUGGCGUAAGGCAAGGGAACAUCUUGGGAGAAUGACAUCCCAGGCCUCUGGACGUGAAGAUCGAAUGGAAGAGUAA